AUUUUGUGCUCUGAGUUUUCAAAUUUCUCUCCUUUUUCUAGCAGCGUGGAAAGAAAAGCAUUACCACAUGUAAGAGCUGCUUCACUCUGAAAUGUUCUUGAUCUGCAUGUGUACAGUGGAUGUGAUGGAUUUCUGAAAGUGCCAGCCCAACAAGAUGCACACACGUGUUCAGGAGACAGGAGAGCAGACAGAAAGCUGGAGUUUGGAGUGUGUGUUGCUGCGCAGUGAUUGAUGCCGCUUGCUUGGGGACAGGCUGUUUCCAUGUGUCACCUUCAGGAGAUGGCCUCUUCUAAGUCUUUGAUGAACCUUCUGACCUUCACUUUCGGCUCAGCAAUAGGAUUUUUUGUCUGCUACCUUCUGUUCAGCAUUAUACUAGAAGAACAGGUUAAGAUCCAGCCUCAUGUUCUUCACAAUGAUCCACAUGGUCAGCACUCAGCAGAUACUGACAACAAUCAGCUGCAAGGACAAAUGAAUUUCAAUGCAGAUGCUGGACAGCAUAAAGAUGAGGAUAAAAAUAUUGCAGAAGGACUGUAUCACAAAGUGAAAAUACUGUGUUGGGUCAUGACUGGACCUCAAAAUCUAGAAAAGAAAGCCAAGCAUGUUAAGGCCACUUGGGCCCAACGCUGUAAUAAAGUACUUUUUAUGAGCUCUGAGGAAAAUAAAGACUUCCCAGCUGUGGGCCUAGAAACCAAAGAAGGCAGGGAUCAACUGUACUGGAAGACUAUUAAAGCUUUUCAAUAUGUAUAUGACCAUUAUUUUGAUGAUGCUGAUUGGUUUAUGAAAGCAGAUGAUGAUACAUAUGUUAUAUUGGACAAUUUGAGAUGGCUUCUUUCAAAAUACAGUCCUGACCAGCCAAUAUACUUUGGGAGAAGGUUUAAGCCUUAUGUGAAACAGGGCUACAUGAGUGGAGGAGCAGGAUAUGUUCUGAGCAAAGAAGCUCUGAAGAGAUUUGUUGCUGCAUUUAAAACAAACAAAUGCACUCACAGUUCCUCUAUUGAAGAUCUGGCACUAGGAAAAUGCAUGGAGAUCAUCAAUGUGGAAGCAGGAGAUUCUAGGGAUACGAGUGGCAGAGAAACCUUUCAUCCGUUCGUUCCAGAACAUCACUUAAUCAGAGGAUACCUACCAAAAACAUUCUGGUACUGGAACUACAAUUACUAUCCUGCUGUAGAGGGUCCUGGAUGCUGCUCUGAUCUAGCAGUUUCAUUCCACUAUGUUGACUCUGUGACUAUGUAUCAUUUGGAAUAUUUGAUUUAUCAUCUUCGUCCGUAUGGGUAUUUGUAUAGGUACAAUCCUGAUUCAUCAAAGAAUCCAGAAGAGCAGAGCAAAAAUGAAGCACUUGAGAAUGAUCAAAAGCUAAAGCAAAAAUCUUCUGAGAGCUAAUUGGAGUUUGAAAAAGCCAAAAAGAAGGCAGUACCAUGAGUAAGAGUCUUCUCAAACUUGUGCAUGAAGCUUGCGGACUGAAAUGACUCCUGGCGAUUCUUAUUUCAAAAAUCAAGUUGGCAGCACUUCCAGUCACCCUGUGUACAGUAGAGUCUGGUGCUGGCUCUGACUGCUUGGGAUGUGACCUUGCAGCUCUGCCCACAAAGAUUUGGGGCCCUAAAGCUGUGAAUUUGGAGGUUGCUCUGCUACAAUAAUAUUUGGGAGAAUUUGUAUGAAAAUCAUAGUGGACAGGUUCAGAGAUGAUCGUACCCCAUUUCUGUUCUCCUCUAUUUCCUUUCCAUUAAGUCAGUUCUAAUACUAGAAAUUGGAUGCUGCCCAGUCAAACUGAUCAUGAUGACUUUCUGAAAUAUUCUCAACCUCUUGAAGUUACUUUCUGUAUCUUGCCCUAAAAGUAAGGCAGAGACAUGGAAUUAGAUUCUCCAGUCUGCUUUGCCUUAACAACAGAGUGGCAGAAUUUCACCCACAAGAUUAAUCUGAAUUGUUUGAGAAACAGAAUUCACUGCUAUGAAUUACUUAUAAAGUUUUAAAUUCUGUUGUGGAAAACAAUAUCAAGUUUUCAGGGAGGAAUAUUUUUCUGGAGAGAAACCAGAAACAGCUGCUGUAGUUUAAAUUGCUGAGGUGAUGCAAGCUGCUUACAUAUUUGCCUGUGGCUCUUUUAAUUUUUUUCAGUUUUAUUAACUUAUCCUUUUGGUUGAAUGGAUAUAAAAAUUCAUCUUAGCAUUUCUCAGCCUAAGGUAGAUGCUUUUGAAAAUAAAAGUCUGUUUUCUAUUCUUUCAUCCCACCGGCCACAUAAACUAGGAAGAAUAGGAUCUUAGUGAAGUUGCAUUGUAACAACUUGGUUUCAGCCACUAUUAUAAUUAGUUUGUUUCCAUUUUAAUUUUCACUAGAGGUUAAAAUCCUCAGAUCGAGAAAUGUCCUAUUUUAAAAUUGCACCAAAGCCAGUUUAUUUGGUUGAAGUACUUAAUUUCACUUUUCUGAACAUUUUUUUCUUCCACUUUAAAAUUUUUUUCUGUAUCUGCUUCUUGUUACCUUUUUCAGCAUAAAGUGUUAAAUGAUCCUUUUUUUUACUGUUUUUGGAGCUGAAGUGCAUAGUUAUUCAUGUAAGCAGGCCUGAAUGCAGGAAUCUUUCAAAGUGCAUUAACUUUUUCCACUACUUCAUAAGUAUCUCUGCCUUUUAACUGGAAACACUUUCUUGGGGAGGGACAAAACAGUUGUUUUAAUUACUGAUUUUUUUUUUUUUUUUUUCUCAGAGAUCAAAUGUAUGUUUUCUAGAGUUAAUAUAAAACCUUCUGGUUUUCUCCUUUUCAAAUUGAGUGAAUAGCAGUAUGGAGAAUGGGAUUAAGCGUGACAUGUUGUGUUUUAUUCCACACUUGAACAGAAGUUUCUUCAUCUUUGUUAUUUUUCACUUUCAUCAUAUUGAUGAAUUUGGACAUAACCUAAUUACCUCCAGUCUUUGUUUUUAAAAGGGCACAUAGUGGUAGCAGACAGCCUUAUUUACUACUGCUGGUCCUUCAGGAUGUUCCUGGAAGAUGAUGUUACCAUAAAGUACUGGAUUUUUUUUUUCCAAAGGUAGUUCUAGUACAGAUUGGAGUUCUUUCUGUUGUCCAACAGUAAAGUCAUUACUUUCUUUCUGAGCAUUGCUCUGCAGCAUGGUGGUAAUUACUGAAACAGCUCAUGGUGUUGAAAUGCUGCAUGCAUCUUCUCUGCCUGAAUGUAGGCUGAGCUCAUCUAUCAGGUAUUGGUUAAAUAGUUCCUGCAGGGGUAAAUCUGUUGGUCUUUAUGAGCAGCACUGCUUCUGAAGUACUGAUAGGGACACAAGCUUUAUUUUAUGUUAAUUCACUUAAGUAGACCAUUAAAACUGCAUUGGUUAAAGAAAGGAGAAAGUCUCCAGUUUGCUGUAGUCAGAGGGAUGCUUGUCCAGAGGACAGUGGAUGUUAACAUGCUGAAAGGUGCUUCCUUCUAUGAGCUAAAUGUUUAUCCCACAUGCAGCACAAACCAAUUGUAUUGUGAAAUCCAUAUGGAAUUGAUAACUCAAAUAGCAUUGUUCAAACAAGCAGUUAAAAUAUUCAGGAAUACUUAAAGAAGUUACAAAAUGAAAUUGAGAUCCCAACCUAAUCUCUUUGUAAAUUCAGCCCAUGUAAAAGAUCUGUUGAGCUACUGUACAGUUCCUUUAUUUCUUUCUUCUUCAGUUCAUCCAUGGGGAUUUAAAGAUUUUCUACCACAACAGGCAGAACUAAUCCUGCAUAUUUUCUGCAGAUUUGUGUCGUGUGUUUGCCCUGUGCUGUCCUGUGAAGCAUUUCCUCUUCAUGUUCCUUACUGCCCUGACUAUCCUGUGUCUGGCUUUCCAGUUUCACCCAGCAUGUCUCAGGUGGACAGGAGGAAGGAGGAUAUUUGAACUCCACACAGGUUGUUUGCUGGGAUAACAAGGUAAACCAGCCACUGCUGAGCUCAGGGUGAAGCCUUUUCUCAGCAGCAGUUCUAGUUCAUAUCUGCUGCCCAGCUGAGGCUUGUGGGUUUAGCAGAGCAGGGUGGGAAUAUCCCCUUCCACAAAAUGUGCAGGACCACAGAGAGACUGGAAAAGUAAAGGAGCAAGUUCCCUUUCUGAAGGGAGUAAGACUAAGGACAUACUACCUUAUGAGAAAUGGUGGCCUGUCUGGAGAAAUAAACAGCCUUUUCUUCAAAUGUCAGUUUUUGUUUUAAAGUGUCCUUGUGCAUAGGCCUCUGAAUCUGUUUCUUUUGCCUUUAUAACAGCACUGCAAAGAAUUAGUUUUCUUUCCAGACAAGCUAGAAAAGUAUCAGGUUUUACAUUCUGUGAUUAUAACAGAGACCUGUUGUUCUCUGUUGAAUUGUAUUGCCGUAACCAUGAGCUGAUACCUCUGAAAUAAUUGGUUUCUAUCUCACUGCCUUCAGAAGCCUCAGUGGAAUAAGGUUGGAAUAUGAACAGUAUAAUGUUCAUGUACAAUAUUGUUGUUGUUAUGUUUCUAGAGUCCCAUAAUGUUGUUACCGUAUUUCUAAACUCCCAUACCUCCUCAGUGUUUUCUUAUGGCUGCAAAUCUUCACAGCACAGACUCCUUCUUCUGCAUGCAUUUCCUUCUUAGGGCUCCUCCAAGGCUCUCCCUGACCAGCCAGCCCACCCCCUUUUAUCCCAGUUAUCUUCACUACCACAGCUGCCGCCCACUGAAGGACACUGCAGCUGCAGCCCAUCAACAACAGCCAGGACCUACCAGGCAAGGCCUAUAUACAGAUAUUGAAGUACAAUACUGAUAUUUUACUAGGACUCAAAAGCCACCUAUACUAUACAAUAUUACACUAAUAUUAGUAGUCUGCUAUUUCACUCUCAGGUCUUUGUGCUUUGAGAAAGUAUUUGCUGAGUUUGAGAAUUUUUGCAGCCCAAGGAGACUGUAUUUCAGAUGGAGAGACUUCCUGAGGCACAGCUACAUGGGCUUACUUAGGCCAUGCAGAUUAUUUCUCUGUGGUUUGGUUUCUGAAAGAUGUUUCUUGAUUUUCUAAAACCUAAAAGCUUUCCUUGGCACCACAGUGAUUUAAAUUACCCAUCUAAAAUUUUUGAACUAUUUUCUUGAAAUUGCUAGGCAGUAUAUGUGGGAGUGUCCCCAUGUGUGACAGAAUAACAUUUUAACUUUGUGGUUAAGUGUGAUUUCACUUAAGAAAGUGAUUAAUAUGAUUUCACUUCAGGAAAGAUUGACAAUGGCAAGAAGUUACUUUCUGAUCACUAGUGUUAAUCAGAGGAUAGUAUUAGUGUUUGUUUGCAGAGGAGAGUAUUAAUCUUUGUUUGCAGAAAAAGAGCAAUUUUAAUCUUCUUUUACUCCCAAUUAAUUUUUGCAGUCUGUGUUAUUUAAGAGAUUACAUUCUGGUGAUUAUACCAUCUCAUUUUGUGGAAGCUCUUUUCACAGUACUUUUGCCUUUAAGGACACUGUCUUUGCUUUGCUUUGGUGGGGGUGUAUAUUAAAAAUCACUUUUUCAGCUGUUACCAUUUGAUCUGUCAUGCUUGCAGAAGUAUAAAUGUCAGUAUUUAAGUAGCUGAUAGACCUGUUAUAAAUGCUUUGUUAUCUGAGCAGGGUGUUUUGUCUUUGUAUGACAGAAAAGUGUGGGUUAUUUCUCUACUGUACCUGUUACUGAUGCUGAUAGUGCACGCACAGAUAAAAAUAGACCCCUCAAUACAGGACCACUGGGAAAGGCAGUCUUUGUCUUUUUUCUGUCAAGAAAUCUUCUGUGGAACUCCAAAAGUGUAAUUUGCUUUGUUUUACCAUAUUGUAUUUAAAAUACUCCACAAAUGUUGUUAAUAGUCUAAAAGAAUUAAAUAUUGCUGCUGGACAGUAUGCUCCACUUAAAACCUGUGAAUGUUUCACUUUGCAAUUAUAGAUACUUGUGUUCCUAAUGGCAGAUAAAAGUUGGUGAUUUGUCUGGAAUGGUCACCAUAUGGAUUUGUUUCUUAAAUACCUUCUUUGAAGUGCCUUUGACCAAUUUUUAGCAUCAAAAUUAAGUUGAGAAUUGAAUAAAUAAAAUAAGUUAUC